AUGCCCACGCUAUCGCUGUCUCCCGUGGCACUCCCCUCCCCUCUUUCUUUAAGGGGUGUUCUCCCUCCCUUCUUAUGCCCUCUGUUGCUUCUGCUGCUGAUGUUCACUUCCUUCGCACUGAGGAGGAGGUCGGUGCUGCGAGUGCUCCUGGUGGGAGGCGCCGUGGCGGCAAGGGUGGGCGUGGUAAGGGUGGGGGCGGUGGGAGUGCUGGGGGUGGCGGUGGUGGGGUUGGUGGCGAGGGUAGUGGCAGUGGUGGUGGUGGGGGUGGAGGAGGUGACGGCGGUGGUGGAGGUGGCGGGGGUGGUGGAGGUAGUGGGGUUGGUGGGGGUGGUGGAAGGGGUGGGGGUGGCAGUUGGGGUGGAGGCUCAAGUUCGGCUAACCGUACAGCUACGUCUGGUUGUGCAGCGGGUGGAAGUGGAGGUUCUAGGGGUGGACAGCAGCAGCGCUCGCUUUGGCAAGGUUGCUGGUCGCUUUGGCAAGACUCCACCGACCCAGCUGAGCGGGGGUGACCUUGCUACUGACAACACUGCGGCCUCUCGCCACUCCCCGCACUUGGAGACCCCUCUUGGUUUUUCUCCUUAG